UGUCUAUCUCUCCCUUUCCCUCGCCAAAAGCCCUUACUUAAUUCCCCGAAACAUUGCUCACCACUCAUCAUUAUCUCCUUCUCUCGCACUGAAUCCUCUUCUCUCUCCUUCCUUCUCCAUGGGUUGAAGAAGAACCCCCGCCUCGAUUCCCUUGUUUUAGAAUUAUAUGGAGUGGGAUAGUAAUUCUGAUCUGAGUGGGGACGACGACGACGGUUUCCUUCUCAAUGAGGGAGGCUCUGUUCCUUUCCCUAUUCCCACCUCCCUGCAAACCGCUCCUUGCGGCUUUGUAGUCACCGAUGCUCUCGAGUCCGACCAUCCCAUCAUUUAUGUCAAUACCGUCUUUGAGAUGGUUACUGGCUAUCGCGCCGAGGAAGUUCUUGGCCGCAACUGCCGUUUCUUGCAAUGUAGAGGACCAUUUGCAAAAAGACGAAACCCAUCAGUGGAUUCCGCAGUUGUUUCUGAAAUACGGAGAUGCCUUGAGGAGGGAAUUGAAUUCCAAGGCGAGUUGUUGAAUUUUAGAAAGGACGGAUCUCCAUUAAUGAACAGACUGCGUCUUACACCUAUAUAUGGAGAUGAUGAGACAAUCACUCAUGUUAUUGGAAUCCAGUUCUUUACCGAGGAAAAUAUUGAUCUCGGUCCAGUGUCAGGAUCUUCAAUAAAGGAAUCUUUGAAAUCAUCUGAUCGUCCCCCUUCUGGAUUUUCUGGUUUUUGUACUAUUGUAGUUGGGGACCGAAAUGUCUCUAUUGGGCUUUGUGGGAUAUUGCAAUUGAGUGAUGAGGUGCUGUCUCUCAAGAUACUUUCACGAUUGACACCAAGAGAUAUUGCAUCAGUUGGUUCUGUCUGUAGGCGACUUUAUGAGCUGACAAAAAAUGAGGAUCUUUGGCGGAUGGUCUGUCAAAAUGCAUGGGGUCUUGAGACUACUCGUGUUUUAGAGACGGUUCCUGGUGCAAAGAGACUUGGGUGGGUAAGGCUGGCAAGAGAGUUGACCACUCUUGAAGCAGCUACAUGGAGGAAACUUACUGUUGGAGGUGCUGUUGAACCUUCACGCUGCAACUUUAGUGCUUGUGCUGUUGGGAAUCGUGUUGUGCUUUUUGGUGGUGAAGGGGUAAACAUGCAACCGAUGAAUGACACCUUUGUACUGGAUCUUAACUCCAGCAACCCUGAGUGGCAACAUGUCCAGGUGAGCUCUCCUCCGCCUGGUCGUUGGGGACAUACACUAUCUUGUGUGAAUGGAUCCAAUCUGGUGGUAUUUGGUGGCUGUGGAAGGCAGGGCCUGCUCAAUGAUGUUUUUGUGCUAGAUUUGGAUGCAAAGCCUCCAACCUGGCGAGAGAUCUCAGGAUUGGCUCCUCCUCUUCCUAGAUCAUGGCACAGCUCUUGCACUCUUGAUGGGACCAAGCUGAUUGUUUCUGGUGGUUGUGCAGAUUCUGGAGUACUUCUUAGUGAUACUUUCCUGCUUGAUCUUUCAAUGGAGAAACCUGUGUGGAGAGAGAUACCUGUAGCAUGGACCCCACCUUCUCGUUUGGGUCAUACACUGUCGGUUUAUGGUGGUCGGAAGAUAUUAAUGUUCGGGGGUCUUGCUAAGAGUGGUCCACUCCGGUUUCGCUCUAGUGAUGUAUUCACAAUGGAUCUAAGCGAGGAGGAACCAUGUUGGAGAUGCGUAACAGGGAGCGGAAUGCCUGGUGCUGGAAAUCCGGGUGGCAUAGCUCCACCUCCAAGACUUGAUCAUGUUGCCGUGAGCCUUCCUGGAGGAAGAAUUCUUAUCUUUGGUGGAUCAGUUGCUGGUCUUCACUCUGCUUCCCAACUUUAUCUCCUGGACCCAACUGAUGAAAAACCUACGUGGAGGAUACUGAAUGUGCCAGGGCGACCCCCAAGGUUUGCUUGGGGACAUAGUAGUUGUGUUGUUGGUGGGACAAGGGCUAUUGUACUUGGCGGUCAAACUGGCGAGGAGUGGAUGCUAACUGAGCUCCAUGAGCUAUCUCUGGCAAGUUCAGUUAUCUGACCACUGUCAUGGCUAAAUGAGGAGGUGCAGCUUGAAAAGGAAAUAGUAAUACGUUAUCCGCUCAAAAUGAGUGUGUCCAAUCCACGAUUGAGAUAGAAUUCGCGCAACUUGAUUGGUGAAGAUACAUGGGUUAAUAGGGAAAAAGAAAGGAAAGUAAGAGAAGACUUGAGAAACAGGGUCUGCUGAUGCCAAAGGACUUUUGUAUUAGGUGAUUGUCCCGAGAUGCAAUUUCGUGUACCAAGUUGUUGUGGCUCGGGAUCAAACUUUGAAAUGGGUAACUUGGAAAAUUGUUCU